AUGGCACGAAAACCCUCCCUCAUGGCCUCAUGGUCCACCGCGCUACUAUCUUCCCUCGCCAUUCUUAAUAUCAUUUCUCCGGUCUCUGCCGGUGCCACAUAUGUUACGGGGACAAACUCUGCAGGAGAGACAGUUGAAUUACUUGACAGUCGAACGCCUGCGUUGUUCACAGGGAAUUUUGGAGAUUGCAUGGGUGGACAGAGUUUAAUUAACGUUACGACAUUCGACGCGGCUUACUACGCCGAUAAUAUGACCGUUUUAUUUCAUCUCGCUGGUAACACGAAUUUACAAAAUGAGUCGGUAAUGAUACAUAUUGGUGUGCAAGCUUAUGGAGAGGAUAGGUUUGAUUUGACCUUCAAUCCAUGUAACGCAAAUUUCGCCAGUCUAUGUCCCAUGAAUAGUAGCAAACCAAUCAGUGGCGAAGCCAUUAUUCCAGUAUCUGCAUCUGAUGUAUCCGGAAUUCCUGCUAUUGCAUUGGUGAUUCCAGAUUUUGAAGGAUCUGCUACUUUGCGGGUAUUUUCGAAUACUACACAAACCGAGAUCGCUUGUUUCCAAGCUGUCAUGAGGAAUGGGGCAUCGUUUUCCCAUCCAGCUGCUGUCAGCUCAGUCUUGGGAAUAUUCACGGCAAUCGCCGUGCUUUCCUCGUUUGCUACAGCUAUAUAUGGAGUCAGCGUACCGCAUAUUCGAACUCACUAUGCCCACUCCCUUUCAGUAUUGGUGGUAUUUGAAGUUUUUCAAUCGAUCUUCCUUUCUGGGGCUUUGUCAGUGGCUUGGCCAAGUGUUUUACCGGCGUUUUGGAGUAAUUUUGCUUGGUCGGCAGGUUUGAUUUACACCCCAUCCAUGAUCAAGUCAGUCAACAGCUUCACUGGAAUAUCCGGAAAUUCAAGUCAGGUCGGUGGUGCAGGAUCUUCUACUGUCAACAACAACGGCGGAUUGCAACAGCAAAUCUAUGGGCGUUCCCUAAAGAAGUUGCAAGAGUACAGUCAUUGGUCCAAAAUGGCCAGGGGUAAUGAGAUGGUGAAGAGAAUAGGAUCGUUGACCCAACGUGCCACUAGCGACAAUGCUACUAAAGGUUACAGUUGGAACGGAAGUCCUAUUGGAGCUGGGCUGCCAUUGCCUGGAAGUUGGUCCAAUUUCACCGGAACACUCGCCAACAUUGAUGUUCCAGCCCAGGAUGCUUUCUUGGUCAGUUUUCUAUGGUACCUAAUCUUGAUUGUUAUUCUUAUUGCAUCUGCAGUUGCCUUCAAGUUUAUCUUGGAAGCAUUUAGCAAGAUGAAAUGGAUGAAGGAAGAUCGGCUUGCAUUGUUUAGGAACAACUGGAUCAAAAUCAGUGGACUAAUCGUUCUACGAUCAAUGCUCAUUGCAUUCUUCAUGAUCAUGACUUUGUCGCUCUACCAAUUUUCUUACGGGGGCACAACAGGCAUAAUCGCAAUUGCAGCCAUCAUCUUCAUAAUAUUCUUCUUCGGAAUUAUGGCACUUGCCUUUUACGCUUGCUACUUCAGGCUUAGAUUCGGCAAUUAUGCCUCGGCUCCUGAUCGAAUACAUUUUCAACGAAAGAAAGUGAUGAAGUUUCUCCCAUGGUAUGGAGCUGUCAGAGAGAGCAGCAUGGAAGAGAGCGAGAAAGCGAAAACCUCUGGCUCUAUAUCUUUCUUCCGCCUGCACUACGUUGACCUAGACAAGGAGAGACGGAGUGUACACCAGGAUGAGGAAUACACUAAGCGAUUUGGUUGGCUCUCGGCUCGAUAUAGAAGAACACGUUGGUGGUUCUUCGCAUUCUGGGUUACAUAUCAAUUUGUCAGAGCUUGUUUCGUUGGAGGUGCUCGUUCUAAUCCCGAUGCCCAAGUUUUUGGCAAUCUCGUCGUCGAGAUCAUUGCCUUCAUUGCUAUUAUAUGCCUCAACCCCUUCGAGGGUGCCCGCAAUACAGCCUUGGCGGUCUACAUGCUUGGCAUCAGUAAGGUUGCUACUGCAGGCCUAUCGGUCGCAUUCCUUCCACGGUACAAUGUUGCACGCAUUCCAACCACAGUCAUUGGAGUCAUUAUAAUUGUUAUUCAAGGUUUCUUAACCAUCGGCUUGCUAAUACUCAUCGUUCUUGGAGCCAUCUCAAGCUACAUGUCGAUCAUGCGCAAUCGUGAGGAGUUUAGGCCACGCAAUCUACAAAACAUCCGCACAAAAUACUUCGAUCAUCUGGAAUUGAAAGCUGUCGAUCUUCCACCCCCACCCCCACCGGUCCCCGAGGAGCCAAAGGAACCCUACUUCAGCGUUACCCAAGUUCGCCGAGCGCCUAAGAUCGAAGACGAGGACACUGUGCCAGAGAUGCCAGAGAUGAGAGGAAAUAGGGAUCAAAAUAUAUCACAGCCCUCACUACCUACGGCUGCUCGAAGCAGAGCCGCUAGUAUGCGCAGUCAGCAUUCUGGAUACGGCAGUGUUCCAUAUGGAGCACGUGUCCAUAGAGCAAGCUGGAGUUCCAAAGAAUUUCAGAAUUGGCAGCAGGAUGAGAUUGCCAGAGGCGACUCUCCCUUCAACGCGCCAUCGAGACAACCGAGUAUGAAUCACACGGCCAACAACUCAACUUCUACUGCUCCACUUGUACAUCCUAAGAUGUCGCAAACGAGCUUAAGGUCAAACACACCGAAGAAGGAAAAAACGGCUCAAUAUGCCGAUCAGAGAGUGGGUAAUGCCAGUUAG